AUGGCUGCACAUAAACUUGGUAUCAGAUUUGACGACUUGUUCAAGCUUGACCCUGCGAAGCUUGAUUGCGGUACGCUGUCUAAAGAUCUAAACGCCGCGAACACGAGACUGGCAUAUGCGAUAUGGGCUUGCAAAGCUACAGCACGACAGUUGGACUUUAUGGACUCAGUCGCCAAGCGGUACCGUGAACAAGCCAUACGUCAGGGACUUUCGGAAAGCCAAGCAAUUGAAAACGAAGCCCACGCUCAUCGACGUGCGUGGAGCAAGGGUAUAUCGGACCGAGCAGAAUAUCUCUCGAAGCGUGGACAGGCGCUCGUGCAGACUGUCUACAGUGGCAUCGCUCAGCGGGACUCAUCAAUCAGCCUGUCUCUCGCAGUUACAAGUACUAAGUUAGCGGAAACAUCACAAGAUGUCGUAAUCGCAACCUCAAGAGAUAGUGCCGUCAUGGGGAUUAUUGUUGCUAUUACCGUCUUCUUCCGCCCAGCUACCUUUACGGCCGUAGCACAACCUUUUUCGAGUUCAAUGCUGAUCUUGGGGCCACACAUGCUCUUCCUGGUUGUGGCUGUACUUCGGUGUCACCAUCGGUUUGACCGCUGCUAUAGCAAUGGGUAUGUGGUUCCUGUGGAGAGCGAAAGAAAAGCAGAUCGAGAAACGCUUCGUGUUCAGAAAACAUGA